AGCUGCUAUGAAUCAUCGGGCUUAGUUGGCUGGCUAGCUAGCUAGGUAAGCAAAGCAGCUACACUGUUUAGCUAAGCUGGAAUGUGGCGCAACGUCCCUUGUCUGAACUGUGUUUGUGAAACAUUUUGAAUAGCGACGAUGAACUGAUUUUCGUCAAGUUGAUCCACAGUUCGUUUUGACUAUCGGUCAUCGGAUCUGGACCUCUUACUCGAACGAAGUGACGGACCCUAACUAGUUUUAACCAGCUGCUAUUUUGCUAACUUUGAUGUUAGCAAGUAGCCUGUACGCGUAAAUGCUUUACACGAGAAUGGACCUGUUGAACUAUCAGUUCCUGGACAAAAUGAACAACAAUAUCGGGAGACUACACUACGAAGCUGAAUCUUCUCUGACAGGUGAGUCCAGGAUGCCCUUGCUGCCCUCUGCAAUGACCAACAUGAGGACCGGUCCUCCACCCAUCUGCCCCAGCAAAAGGAAGUAUGGCGAGGAGCAAGUGGAUGACCGCAUUGACUGUGACAAUGACCACAUGACCAAAAUGAGCAGACUGUUUGCUGCUCAACUGGGACGGCCUGCCGGUGGAGACAACCGCAGCGAUCCUUGGAGCCUCGGACACAGCCCUGUAGAGCACAUCACUUCCUCCUCCAAUGGUCUCCAUGACAACCACUUAUAUGCCUCCAUCCCCUCCUAUGGCUUGGACCAGCCCCUGGCUCUGACUAAAAACAGCCUGGACUCUGGACUGUGUGGCGCAGAGAGGCCUGCCAUGCCCGGCCCUGUGGACAGACCACAGAAUCGGCCCUCUGUGAUCACCUGUGCUCCUGCAAGCAAUCGCAAUUGCUACCGGUCUCACUGCCACAAGUCUCACAACCCCAGCCCACCCAUCGAUCAGAGGAAGGCCAAUGCUAACACUGCCGUCGACCCUGUAAUCGAGGAGCACUUCCGCCGCAGCCUGGGGAAGAACUACAAGGAGCCCGAGCCCGUCUCCAACUCUGUGUCCAUCACAGGCUCGGUGGAUGAUCACUUUGCCAAGGCCUUGGGGAAGACCUGGCUCCAGAUCAAGGCCAAGGGGCCAGGGGGAGGCCCCCACAGUCCAGAGGCCAACUCCUGAAAGAUGGGCUGAGCCUCCCUCACUGUUGAAUAGUGAAACACAAUCACUUCUUUUGUCUGUGGCAUCAGAUAAGGGCACAGAUUGACCUCCCUAUACCAUUCAUUGUCGAGCUUGACAUCCCUGAGCUCAGAACAACGGUGACAACCAUGCUAAACAAGACGGAUCAGUUUGAAUACUGUAUUAUACACCAAGACUGGCUUUUUACGGACCUUGGCUUCUUCCUGCUCCUAUUAAAUGACUGACUCAGAUCUGGGAAGAUUUGAUACAUUGUUCAGUUAGGGCAGUUUUGGAUUGAGUCCAAGUGUGUAAAUUCUUCCUUUUUGAAGGCAGAAAUAUCAAUUUGAGGAGCCCUCUAGGACCAGUAUUAGUCAGCCCUGAUGUCAUCUUUGAGUUCUCUUGAUUAUUAAAAAAACAACAAUUUUUAACACUUAACCCUGACAGAGAUUCCCAAAACGAUCAAAUAAUGUAAGCCUUUGAGAAGGCGGACUGUUCUGUCUUAACUCCCUCAUGCCUUCUUUAUUAGCCAAAGAACUCACUUGCCACUUCAAACAAAAAGCCAUAGUCUGGUUAGCCCCUCUUCUGUCUCCAUCAUCCUGCCAUCUCCUUUAACUCUCCACUCACCCUGUAACCCUGUGUUUGACUGUGUUUUUACUUGGAAAGGAAGGCUGGCUCUGAUUUGUACUAUUAUGUGUUAGAUUGGGGUAGGGCUAACGGCAUACCUGUUUCAUUUGGAGCAUACCAUUUUUGGGGGGAUUAUUCAUAUAUAUUUUUUUUACGAUACUGUGGUAAUGCAAUUAAGGCUCGGGCCUCCCUCCGGUCCCAAUGUUUCUCUCUUUUUCUCUCCCACUAUUCUGAACUGGACUCACUUUCUUAUUUGUGGACUUAACAUUUUUAUUUUUUUUAAUCCUUUUUGUUCUAAUACUCACUGUGGUUAAUUUCAUAGAUACAGUUAGUAAUAAGGAUAGUAUUCUGCUUACCGAGAUGCAUGUUUCAAAUAGCUGGUAUCUAUUAUAAGCCUUGUUAUUCUAUACUAUUUACCAUCAGAAUUUAUUUUUGUCAGUAACCGUUUUAGAAAUAUUCACUGCUGGUACAGUCGUACUAAAAUAUAUUUUUUUGUAUCUGGUUUUCAUUAGAAUAUAUAUAUACACACACAAGCAUCCAUCUACAAAACGCAGCCUCUGGCAAGGCUGUCUGGCUGCAGUAUAAUAGGCUCGAUUGCGUUGUUAUUCUGUUACUGGAUGCUAUGACUGAAUACAGUAAACAUUGAACAUCUGUAGUCAACUCCUAGAUAGAACAGUCCUAGCUUCACCAUGCCAUUUAGUCAUGAUUUUAUUUACUCUAAUCUGUUUAGUUUCAGUUCAAAUUUCACUUGAACUUUGAACGCUAUCAAAUUGACUAACUUUUGUUAAAUUGACUAGUAAUGAGGAUUUCUACUCAAGUCUUUAUUUUUGAAAGUGUAAUGGUUUAUUAACCCUAAAAACUAAAAUGCAGGUGACUCCACACGCAUGUAUCAUGGCUGGCCUUGAACAAAACCCUUGCUCAUGCUUGUCUUGAGACAAUGGCAUGAACAUUCCACCAUUACUACCCAACUCCAUUUUAUGUUUAAAGUAAGAGCUGGUAAGAUGUUUGGAUUGAGGAUAGCUUCUCUUCCAUUUGGGGUGUUUCCAUCGUGUAGCCUAAACUGUAAGGGAGUUCAAAAAAACAUUAGAACCGAAUCCAGGGUAGUACCACUCUAGAACAUGUAAUGUACUGAAGGUGCAGGUUAUACAGAUGAAUACAAUUGUAUGACUUUUCUGAAAUUAUUUCCAUUUCAUUUAGUAAACAUAUGGGUUAACACUAUGUUUUAGUAUGUUGACAUUGCUUUAGUCACCUCUCAGCUCUUUGAGAAUGAUGUACUUGCAUCUAAUAUUCUACACACUGUUUAAGAAUUACUACAAACUAUUAUAUUCCGUUUCUUUAAUUUGUAAAGACGAUCAUUGCGCCGCGCGUAAAGAUCCUAUACAUUUUUUUAAAACAACUUUAUACUGGAUAUUCAGCCAUUGGAUAUUCAUUAUAGUCUAACGAUUCAUUUUUAUCUAUCUAAAAAGUAGAUUUUUUUUUUCUAUUCCAGAGUUGUGUGAUAAGUGUAGGAACACACUUGUCAUUCUAUGAAUAAGGCUCUCUUGGCAUAAAGGGGGCAGCAAGUAGCCUAGCAGUUAAGCACGUUGGGCCGGUAACCGAAAGGUCGCUGGUUCGAAUCCCCGAGCCGACAAGGUCAAAAAUCAUGUAUGUGCCCUUGAGCAUGGCACUUAACUGUAAUUGCUCCAUCUAAAUGUACACUGAAUAAAAUUAUAAAUGCAACAUGG